AUGACGCACAAAACCCGGGAGUGCAUGGAGCGCCCCCGCAAACGGGGUGCCAAGUGGACUGGGAAGGAUAUUCAACCGGAUGAAGUGCUAGAGAGCCUGGAGCACUUGGAGUAUAACUACGAUGCUAAGCGGGACCGAUGGAAUGGAUACGAUCCAACAAGUCACAGAGCUGUCGUAGAACGAUAUGAAACAGUGGAGGAAGAACGUCGCCGGCUGCGGGAGAAGGUGCUUGAUGAACAAGCGUCUACAGAAGUACAUGCCGCAAAGCUAGAGGCGAAAAAAGAGAAAAAAAGACGCGCACGAGAGGACGAUGAUUUUGACAGCAGCAGUGAUGAUGAUGACGAUGACGAUAAUGAAAAGUACGCGGAGAAGGCCAGCAUGGUCGGGCAGAAAAUCGAUUCAGACAAGCGAAUUACUGUGCGCAACCUCCGUAUCCGCGAAGAUCGCGCGAAGUACCUGUACGAUUUGAAUACAGAGUCUGCAGCACAUUAUGAUCCCAAAACGCGAUCUAUGCGAAGUGCGCCUAAUCCUGAUGCAUCUGAAGAUGAUGCCUUUGUGAGACCCCACGCUGGACCAGCGGAUCUCACCAAGAUGCAAAUGUUUGCUUGGCAGGCCGAGCAACGAGGCGAUACAAUGCUGCACAUGCAAGCAAACCCAACAGAUCAUGAACUCCAGUUCAGGCAGUCACAGCAACGGAAAGAACAGGAAACGAAAGAGGUCAAGAGCAGCAUUUUAGCGCGCUAUGGCGGAGUAGAGCACCUUGACACUAUGCCACCUGAGCUACGUACCGGCCAGACGGAAGCAUAUGUGGAAUAUAGCCGCACAGGCGAGAUCGUCCGUGGGCAGGAACGUGCAAAGCCUCGCUCUCGGUAUGAGGAGGACGUCUUUGAAAACAAUCACACUAGUGUGUGGGGCUCAUGGUAUGAUAUGAACCAGGGUGUGUGGGGGUACCGUUGCUGCCACAAUACUUUGCCACGAUCUUAUUGUACGGGCGAAGCGGGUAAGGCGGCCAAUGCCGCUGCAUCGGCCUAG